AUGGCGAAAGACAAAUGCGCUCCGUCCAACCUGAUGUGGCUGGAGCACCAGGCAACACGAUUGAGCCCAGAGCCGCGGCCUGAUGGCAAGACGUUCUUGGAGUCUGAUCCACCCGAGCUGCCCGAGCUCGCAUCUCCACCGAAGUCCAAAAAAGGCAAGCGUGCGCGAGCAUCAUCGCCACGCAGUGCACGAGCAUCAUCGCCACGCAGUGUGCCAAGAGACACUCAAAAUGUCAGCCAAGCAGAGGCACAGGUGUUGCAUCAUCUAGUUACCCCCGAUGUCAUACAAGCCUUAGAUGCAGUGGUUGCACGGGCGGACGCUUCUGGCCAACUUGAGAGCCUCACCUUUCGCGAGUUGCGCAACCAAAUUGAACAUGAGCUUGACAUGGAGAAAGAUGCUUUGCAUGAAGCCAAGAAUUGCGUGAAGCAGUUGAUCGAAGAGAGGCUCAUGGGCAUGGGAACACAACCUCAAGCUUCUCAAGCACCAGACCCCGAGAAUCCAAGAGAGCAUCCAUCUUCCCAGACAGUGGGCAGCCCAGUUUCUGCGCCACAUGCUACUGAGGAUGCAACGCUGGCGCAGGUGCUCAUUGUGGAGCAAGUUGACAAGGUAUUUUUGUUCUCUCCGAACAUUCCCGUUCUGUUUGGAGGAGAAGCAUCCUCACGAAAAUCAUCUUUGAGCCGGUACACGAAAGAACUCGUGACAGGAUCUCGAUGGGCACCGGAAUGGCUCAAAGAAGUCUUUUUGACAGAAGCUACACUCAAAGGCAUCAGAGGUUCCAUCAAGAAAUAUGGCAGAGUCUCUGCCACGGGAGACGAGCUUGCCUGUAUGAUGGCCACUCCGUGGAGUGACAUGGCCUCCGGAGUUCACUUUCUAUCCCGAGCAAAGAUGAACACCUUUACCCAGUGUGAGCCGGAUUCAGUGUUAACCGGAAGCGGCGGAGAGCAUUUGAUUGACUAUGCCAUGCAGCUGAAAGCAUUUGGACAGAUAGAAGUGCUGGAAUGGGUGGCCAGUUGCAGCCUCAAUUUUGCUUUCAAAUUUCUUGAGGCUUUGAUUGCCUUCAUUGCCCCUUCCUGGAUCAGAAUGCCCGGAUAA